UUUGUAAUAUAUAUAUAACCUUACAUUAUAAUCAUUGUAAAAAAUUAUUGUGAAUUUUUCUAAUUAUUCCUUUUAGGAAAGAUCUUGUCUUAGACAAACAUUGAUUCAAUAUUACAUAAUUAUUUCAGGUUAUAGAUGGCAUUUUGCCUGAAGCGACUGAAACUAAAUAUUUUUACACAAAUAAAUUUACGGCACAUAAUGACUACGCCGAUUAAUUGUGAAAAGGCCAUGGAAAAUCUUCAAAAAAAUCCUUAUUUUGAAAAAUAUGCUGAACGUAUAGCGGCGUUACAAAAAACAUCGCCUGAAGAAUUUUUGAAAAAAUUACAAGAACAAAGCAAAUCUCAAGAAAGCCCUGUGAAGAAAGGAUUAACUUCCGUGGAUACUAGACAGUUUUCAUCAGUGCUCAAUCCCAAAGAAAAUUUACAGUCUAAUGUCAGCAUAGAAGAUAAAAAGCUUGAUACAAUAUUUAAAACUGAACUGGUUAAAGAUAAAGAUGCAUCAGAAAUACAAGUAAUUUGGGAAGAGUAUCACAAAGAUAAAGAUGUGAUCUGUGCCACUAUACCUUUACAACUAUAUGAAAACAUGAGACUGAGGACAAAGGACAAUCCUACCUUUCUGUUUCCACUUCCCCGUGCUCAGGGCUUUGAGUUUAUAAUGUGCCAGACUUUUGGCCAUUCUGUUCACUUUACCCCACUUUUAGCUUAUCAGGUACAUAAGGAAAAUGCCCCUGAGUGUUUGACAAUGACUCAUUACACUGAGCUAGCUGAUAAGGAUAUUGUAUUGAUGCGAGGAGAUUAUGAUAAGAAUGUCUUGGAUGGACAAGAAGCUCAAUGUCUUGCUAAUCAGUUCCAAAUGUAUUACAAUGGCAAAGAUGCAGAAAAACUCAACUUACUAAAAUCUUUUACUAUCUCCCCACAAUCCUUCAACCACAUGGACCUUAUUGCACAAUUAGAAAAAAUUACACUUAUUUAAGCUUUAAGUACAAGUAGAUUUAUUUUAAUUUAUUACAUGGUUUCAAUUAAAUCAAUCAGUAUGUUUAACAAUAAAUUGUUAUAUGAAGAUAAAA